AUGGCAGGUAAAAGUUAUAACGUUGGGGUGAUAGGUUAUGGGAUGUCCGCGAAGGUCUUUCAUAUUCCCCUUAUCCAGGUCACUCCUCAAUUUGUCCUCCAUUCCAUCGUCCAACGGACUCCCAAGCCUAACGAUGAUGCCUCCAAAGAUCAUGCUUCCGCGAAAAUCUACCACUCUGCCGAAGACAUGUUCGCCGACUCAUCAGUGGACAUAAUAGCCAUAACUACCACUCCGGAUACGCAUUUCUCAUUUACCAAAUCUGCGAUUGAAGCCGGCAAACAUGUCGUCGUGGAGAAGCCGUUCGUCCCAACAAGUCGAGAAGCGCAAGUGCUUGUUGAACUGUCAGCAAAGACUGGGAAAUUGAUUUGCGUAUACCAAAACCGAAGGUGGGACUCGGAUUUCCUGACUAUUAAGAAACUGCUGGACGAAGGUACCAUCGGCCGCUGUGUAGAAUUCAAUACCCAUUUCGAUCGUUACAAGCCAGCAAGGCCAGAAACCUGGAAGGGGACCUUGGGAAUGGAUCAGGCUGGUGGAGUAAUCUACGAUUUAGGAACACAUUUGAUCGACCAGGCAUAUGUACUGUUUGGAAUGCCCGCCAGCGUUACUGGCAUUUUCGCAAAUCAAAGAAACGAUGGAGCAGCAGAGCCUGAUAGCAUUACGGUGGUACUUCAAUAUGGUAAUGGUGGUCCUCUGGUCACAGUGAAAGCUGGCGUCAUGUCGAUUGAAACAAAACAGCUUCGAUAUUGGGUACGAGGCACAGAAGGGAGCUUCAAGAAGUUCCACCUUGAUGUACAGGAAGACCAGCUGAAAGCUGGCAAGAAGCCCGGUGAUUCAGGAUUUGGGGUGGAGAAUGCAGAUAGUGCAGGUUUGCUGACCACCCUUGAGGAUGGGAAACCCAAGAAGAGAGCUCACGAGAAUGUCCAGCCUCUUACAUACGCUGCGCUGUAUGCAGGAUUUGCAAGAGCUAUUGAAGGUGGUGGCGCGGAUUCUGUGCCUGUCAAAGCUGCAGAGGCAAGAGAUGUGCUCAAGAUUAUCGAGGCUGCUCGAGAAAGUGCCAAAAGCGGAAAGACCAUAAAGGUUUAA